UGUCUGAUUCGUAAACUUUUUGCAAAAAUGGUACACUGCGUUACACAGGAAUACCCCUUUCUUCCAAUAUUUUUGAGUUUCCCUCCUUUUCAUUUUUAUUUCAUUUUUGGAUCUUCUUCCCUCCGUUUUAGUUAAAUCUCUCUCGUCGGCCACAGAUUUCACCCCCGAAAAAGAAAAAGGGAAACAAGAACUCAGGAGUCUGUCCUGGAGAAGGCAGGGAGCAUUGUACGGAAAGUGGGAUCUUUUCUGAAAAUGGCAAGUUACUAUGACAUUGAUGAUAUUCUUGUGGAGGAACAGCGUGUCCCAGUUGUUUUCCAGCAAGCAGUAAAUGGGGUUGAUAUUGAUCCUAGUGCUGAAACCCAUUGUGUUGAACCCGGUUCAAAGGUAGAGCUGCCUUACUGGCUUGCCCAUGAGUUACACCUCAGAAAAGUAGCAAAGAUGAAGGUUCCUGCAUGUUUCAAUCAAAGAACAAAACUGGAACUUGGGGCUGAUGGUGCAUCUGUGGAUUUAAGAUCUCGAUGUCUAUACUUCUAUGAAUUUGGAUGCAAGAUAGCACCGCUGGUUGGUGAUAGAGACAUGGGAUCAUUCCUAUUAUCUGCAUUUAGGACCAGGUAUCAGAAAAUCCUGGCAAAGGCACAUAACGCAGCAUUUACAGCACAUUCAAAAUUGCUGUCGUACUUAACAAAAGAAGAAACCAAUCUGUAUGAGGCAGCUCAGUCGUCAAUGGCGGCCUUUAAGAAGUGGCGGAUAGGUGGCCCCCGAUUUGAGAGAGCUUCUGUACUUGGGAGGAAGAGGAAGGAAGCCAACUGACUAGUUGUACUGUACCCUCUACUCUACCUCUCAUCUGAUCCAUCCUUUCUGAAUCACUGUCCCAAUUUGUAAUUUUUCCUACAUUGGAAAAGCUAGUUGGUAAUUUUGUUGAAAGUUAAUGAGAUCAUUGUAAUUUCAAUUAAACAUCAUUAUAUAAAUAUUUGCACUUAGCGUUA